AUGGCCUUCCUGUUGAUCAUCUCCUGCCUUGCCUUCGUGAGCUCAGCCUUCGGCUGUGGCGUUCCUGCCAUCAAGCCCGUUGUCACGGGCUACUCCAGGAUUGUCAACGGUGAGGAGGCCGUUCCCCACUCCUGGCCCUGGCAGGUGUCCCUGCAGGACUACACUGGCUUCCACUUCUGCGGUGGUUCUCUGAUCAACGAGAACUGGGUUGUGACUGCUGCCCACUGCAACGUGAGGACCUCCCACCGUGUCGUCUUGGGUGAGCACGACCGUGCCUCCAAUGCUGAGGAUACCCAGGUCAUGAGGGUCGGCAAGGUCUUCAAGCACCCCAGAUACAAUGGCUUCACCAUCAACAACGACAUCCUCCUGAUCAAGCUGGCCUCUCCCGCCCAGACCGGUCUCCGUGUGUCUCCCGUGUGCAUGGCUGAGACCAGCGACAACUUCGAUGGCAUGAAGUGCGUCACCUCUGGAUGGGGUCUGACCAGGCACGACGCUCCUGAUACCCCCGCUCUCCUGCAGCAGGCUUCUCUGCCCCUCCUGACCAACACUCAGUGCAAGAAGUACUGGGGCAACAGAAUCUCCGACCUCAUGGUCUGCGCUGGUGCCUCUGGUGCCUCCUCUUGCAUGGGUGACUCUGGUGGCCCCCUGGUCUGCGAGAAGGCUGGAGCCUGGACCCUGGUUGGUAUCGUGUCCUGGGGCAGUGGCACCUGCACCCCCACCAUGCCCGGAGUGUACGCCCGCGUCACCGCCCUCCGUGCCUGGGUGGACCAGACCCUCGCCGCCAACUAA